AUGGUCGACAAGACUACAUUAAAGAAAAUCUUUAUAUUGCCAAUAGCAUUACAGACAGCUGUGUUUAUCAGCUACUGUCUAUUCCCAAUCAACUUCAUCUUACGUCCAUUCUCAAAGAGAUACACAAUCUAUCUCAAUGGUCUUGUUGCCUCAAUAUGGUUCAAGUUCGUCGUGUUUGCAUUCACAGUGCUACAUGGAAUCAAGAUCACAAUAUAUGGUGAUGAUGUGCCUGAGGAUGAGAAUGCAGUGAUCAUCAUGAACCAUCCAUCAGAGAUUGAUUGGGCCUAUACAUGGAUACUUGGUGCAAUGAAGAACUCAUUGGGCAACAUCAAGAUCAUCAUGAAGGAUGAGAUCAAGUAUGUACCAGGUGUUGGAUGGGGAUGUGAUUGCCUUGGAUGGAUCUACAUCACAAGGGAUUGGGCAUAUGAUGAGAAGCAUCUCCAGCAUCAUCUCACCAAGGACAAGGACAUUGGUCACAGGACAUGGUUGACCAUUUUCCCAGAGGGUACUGAUAUGGAUGAGGAGAAGUUGGCCAAGAGUCAUGCUUUUGCAGAGAAGAAUGGAUUCCCAAAGUUCAACAAUGUAUUGUUGCCCAGGGUAAAGGGAGUGCAUACGAGCAUUAGUAGCAUGCGACCAGAGUUGCAAGCAGUGUACGACUUGACGAUUGGUUACGAGACCAAGCCAUCGAUUGUAUCAAACCUGAUUGGAACCAAUCCACGCAAGGUUGACAUCAACAUUAGACGCAUACCAAUUAGCAAUGUGCCCAAAGAGGAGAACGAGACACAAGACUGGCUGUUCAAGAUCUUUGCUGAGAAGGAGCAGUUGUUGGAGCACCUCAAGAAGCACAAGACAUACCCUACCAAGGGACGUCUCUACGAACCAGACACCAGCGUCUAUGUAUAUGGAAUACUCUUCUUGGCUUUGAUUCCAUGGUCGAUCUACACAUUCUUCACAUCGUACUAUGCCAGAUGGUUUACUGCCAUUGCUACGACAGUCUUUAUUAUCAACUCUGCUUCACAUCAAGUUAGACUUCUUCGUGGAUCAGAUGUUCCUAGACCACGCAAGGUGCAUAAAGCCUAG